CUUCGUUCGGUGAGGGUUAUCGUGUUCGGUGGUGAGUUCUCGUUUUCCAGUGACUGAUCAUCAACCACACACGUCGGUCAUUGGUCGGACAGCUGAUCCUUAGUGUACUCUGGUGUCAUCCUCAGUCAUCGUCCAACGGUACGCCUGGUCACCCCCUUGGCACACGAUUCGACCAUCGAAUUGGGGAAGCAGCCUGAGCACCCGCGGGACAACACGGGCUCGCUGUGGGAACGAGAGACGGAGCGCGAGGGGGAAAAAGACCAGAAGAAGUGGAGGGCGGUGGUGAUUGAAUAAUCCCCGGGGAAGCUUAAAAACGAAUUCUGGGUCAAGGUUCGAAGAACGUCUAACAUCGGAACGAUGUGAGAGGAUUAUAUGGGUGAACACCAAACGGGCAAGAAAGACUCGACGAAAUCACGAACACGUGGCGAGACGUGAAGCGGGCGUUGAGCCUGCUGUGCGUGAAGAAAUUCUCCGGGAGCGGAACGAUGCUAGAAGCGCCGCCCGGGAGUCGCGAGGACCUUGUGGAAGCAGCAAGAACACCAUGCACGCCCACAGAUCUGGACACGAUGCUAUAUGGGUACACGAACAACAUAUACGUGCUGGACCACACGCCCGAAUCCUUGCCGGACAUGGACAUGCUGCAACUGUUCGCCUCGCCAGCGGGUCGAGCGCUGCUCUCCAGUGACAAUCGGCCGAGAGGAUCGACGUCGACCUCCUCCUUGUCUCGAGAGUCCUCGUCGAGGCUGAAGAACGGCAGAAGACCAUCGGGCACUGGUACAGUCAGCGCACCGACCUCGCCGCCGAGGCAACGGAAAUCCAGCGCUGAACUGUACAAAGAGGCCGUCGAGAUACUUGGUCUCACCUGUUCGUUGACUGAUAGCUGCCGAUGCAUCGACUGCCAGAGCAAUUACUUCGACUGCGACGACGACUGCGGGGAGGCGAGAACGGAAUUGGCUGCGGGCACUCCUAUUCUGCUGGACCACGCUCUGUCGCAUCCGUUGACGUGUUCCAUACAGUAGCAGCCGAACUGUCGCGUAAACAUUCCGAAAUCGGCCCACUUGUUAGAACGCCCCCUACGGCGACCACGAACACGGAGACACGUCAUCGAAACGUAAGGAUCACGAGGCGACGUCUUUGAUCAUCUCGAGGCGAACGAUCGACGGGAAAAUCGCGUGAACAGAAAGUUGAAAGAGUCGACAAGAAAAACUUCACCAGGGUGGACAAAACCGCCGUACGCUUCCGCGUCUUUGAUCGGAGGAACGAUCGACACAGCCAAAAUGAUCGUGAAACGGCGAGAGCUUGCACGACGGUCUUGAUACUCACGCUUCAUCGACCAGU